CAACAAAAUAUAGUUGAUGAUGUGGUUGUUGUCAAAUAUAAGUCAGGUUAGCAUCGAGGUAUGUUUGAUCCACGACUUGAGAUUGCAUCCGGAGUAUUAAUGACUGGAUGUGCAACUGCAUUCCUCAAAACCUGAUCAGCUUCUGUACAUUUUGAGAGGCGAUUUUGCGUGAAAUCGAGAAAGGCAAUCCAAUGGAAAUAAUAUGGAUUAUCUAUGUUGCUGGUUUAUUUCCUGUUUUGAGCGAAGUAAGUGCACAUGUUACUACAUAGGGUCAAUUAGUUAGGCCAGGCAUUUGUAUGUCGCAAAAUACGACAUUGGCUUACAUACAUCCUGCAUAUAUAGUAAUAUUAGCGACAAACCUGCCCAAAUUCUUAGCUUUAUUUGAUAAGUCGCUUUUAAUUUGACUCAUGGAUUGGAAAUAGCGAUGCUUUCUAGUUAGGAAAUCAUUGAAAGAUAACUUGCCUAUGAGGCUUUAGAACUGACUCAUAAAUCAUGAUAUGACCGAGGUUUGGAGUCAUUAAGGACUGGAGUUGUGUAUGUUUAAGCAGCUAAGUCGUUUGAGUCGUCAGAAAUAAACAAUCUCUCUUUCGCUUGCAUGAUGCCUGCGAAAUAGUUGAUUCUCGGAGUAUACAGAACGCUUAUAAUAUGUGAGCCUUGUAUACCAGCGGCUUGGCGUGCAAACCAUAUCUUUGUCAAUAUAACACAUGCCCGCGAAAUCAGAUCGUAAUACAGUUAAAAACAAACCACGAGAUACAAGAGUAGUUUUUCUCUUGACUUGUAAAAACAGUUAAUUUCUAAUUCAAUUUCCUUUACAGGGAGAAAUACUUUACCACCAGACCAUGACUCCAUCUUGGCUAGAAACGCACGCGUCCUACAUUGACAACUCUCGUACGUCAACCACUGAUCAAGUAACAUUCAACGCAGGCCCAGUAGCUCAGAGAGCUCUCCUGAAAGUUCCCUUAAUACCCCCUGGCGCUUUAAGAUCUUCCACCCCGCUGACCAUUGAAAUUACCGUAGCAAAUGACGCGAGCAUUGGACAGGUUGUUGACAGUGACACCCGAUAUGGUGUGUCAGAUGGUGCAAGAUUUAUUGGAUUCCAAACGCGAGACAGAACAAAUUACAUCAACAUGUAUCCAUGCUAUGGAUUGGAAGGUGUACCUGGUCAAACUUUAUCCUCUCACCAAUACAUUUCACAAGCGACUAACAAGCCUGGUCACUCCAAGUACCCAGGUCGCUUUGUCUUCACCAUAAAGUUGGAUGAACGCUGGGGCUCCUGUUACACUGCGCAUGACGGAGGAUCCGUGAAGAACAUUGGUUACAGUAACCGACUCAUGCUCAGUAGGGGUCUUACAUUCGAAGUCUACUCAGAGGACCGAAAGGACAGAGUUGGUAUUAAGUAUAUCAAGGUGGUCGUCAUACAAGACGUUUAGAGCUUGUAAAAGAAAAUUAAAGGGAGAAAAUUAAUAAAAUAAAUCGUCAUUUUAGUUCUUUUUUAGCCACCUGAGUAAUACUUUGAUCAGUAAAUUUAUUACAAAAGUUGAUCCAAGAGUGCAAAUCGUUUUUCUCUCACUUAAGAAUACAUUUGAAGAACAAUUUGUUUAAAAGUACAAUUAUCACCUUCUACUUUUCUAUACAGUAGUAAACAAAAUUUUUUCGAUUUUCCAGAGCUAGGUAAAUGUGUGGUUACAAUAACUCUUUUCCAAUUAAAAAAAAGUAGUUGAUUUGGCCUGCAAUAAAAAGAAACAUCGUUUAUAAAUAUUUAAAUUUACUUUCAAAACAACCAUAUUAUUUCAUUUGCAUUCAUAGACAUAAAAUGAACAUAUUUAAGACAAACCGUGCAUUGCAAGUUUAGAGCAUGAAAAAUUUAGGCCACACUGCCAUCCUUUUGUACAUUUUGUGUUGUUCACAGAUUCCACAUCACUAUAAACAGAAAAUUGCAUCAUGUACUUGAUGCUCACACAAGCUAUAAGGGUCUGCAAGAGAAUAUAAAUUAUUUAUAGCCUCACGUAGUCUGAUAAAUUCAAA